AUGGCCGCCAUCAAGAUCAAGCUCGUGGUGGACAGGUCGUGCAACCGCGUGCUGUUCGCCGACACCGGCUCCGACUUCGUCGACGUCCUCCUCGCCUUCCUGACGCUCCCGAUCUCCGCCGUCCAGCUCGCCGCGGGCGCGUCCUCGCCGGGCUGCCUGACAAACCUCUCCGCCAGCGUCCGGCACCUGGGGGACGCUAAACUGUUGAAGGGCGAGGCCUGCCACGGCACGCUUCUCAGGCCUACACACGCCGAUGAAUUUGGGUACAGUAGCGCACCAUGCCCAGGGUGCACUCCGUUCAAGGAAAAGCAUCCGACUCCACAGGGACAGCACCUCCAGCAGUGUGGUUGCAGGUGCCGGGAGGUCAUGGCUAGGCUGGCGCAUGUGUACGACCAAACAACACGCACAGAGGUCUUCUCCAAGUGGAAAGAGAGGUUCGUCAUCAGCGACGAUCUGGUGAUCAAGCCGGCGGCGACUAGCACGGUCUUGUCUUUUCUUCAGGGUCUCUACGGAGACAGGAUCAAAGACGCCUACGAGGUGGAGGUGGACGUCGGAUGGACCCAGGUGGUUUGCUUGCUCAAGGCAUGUGUCUCGUCCACCACCAUAUUCACCGAUGUGUUUCUCGCGAAAAGAACCGAUGCUUUGAUGGGCACAUCAGUGCUCACAAUUCACAGUCCUCGGCGUCAAGAAACCAACCAAACCCCCGAUCCGCAGAUGAGCAUCAAGCUUUUCUUCGACAAGGAGGACAGAAAGGUCAUGUACGCUGAGUGCAAGCAUGACUUCGUGGACCUGCUCCUCAGUUUCCUGACCUACCCCAUGGGGUGCAUCCUCAAGAACCUGGCCGGCACGUCUCACCGGUUCCACGGCUUCAACAAUCUUUACAGUAGUGCCGACGGUCUCAACACGUCUGGCUCCUGACGGGACCCUGCUUCGGUGACAAGAGCACGCUGCUGGAUCCUAAUAUUGCUCCGUUGAAGACGCACGGCGCCAAUUGGUCGGAUCAAGCAAUUGCGGAGU